AUGUAAUGCACUCAUCAUUAUCAAAACGCAAUAACAUUCAUUUGCUUAGCCCCUCACUAGUGUAUAUAUUAAAGGAAGCUUUGUGCUUAAUGCCUAUACGAUCAUGGAGUGGAAGUCAAAUAAGCAGUUCCUAUUCAGAGAUUUCAGGAAAUGGCACUUUAGAAAUUACUAGACUCUAAGCUCACACAGACAUUUGAGUUAAUCUAACAGAGAAUGAAUUUUAAAUAUAUGCUAUCUGAAACUGAAAUGAUGAUGAAGAAAAUUUGGUAAGAUUUAUCAAAAUCAAUCGAAUAUAUUUAUGAUAUGAUCGAUAAGUAAAAUAACUCAUACAUUAAACUUCUUAACCAAAAUCCGGUAGAAUCCUCCUAUACCGAUUUAGAAAAAUUAGUUUCAAUUGUUGUAGAAGGAAGAGAAUUAAAUGACUGGUAUAAUUAGAAUAAUUCAUAUAUGAUAUAGUUGGAAGAGGCUAAGAAUUGGUGGGACAAAGAGUUUAAAGGUUUAAUUGACAAGUCAAAUGAAGUAAUGGAACAGAUUUAGUCUCUAAUAAUUAAGUAAGAGUUUUAAUCUUAUUCUAGGAUUGAAUUUAAUUAAGAUGAUGAUGAUAGUGAAGUUUAUUAAUAGAAAGAUGAUCUCUAUGAAAUUUUAGCCUAAAUUUAUGAUAUUGAUGAAUCAAUAUUGAAAGGAAUUAUUGAUGUAUAAAGAAAAGAGAAAAAAUUAGAUAUCCUAUCGGCCAAUAUUAAGAAAUACAAAUCUUUUGUCAAUUAGUAAUAAACAAUUAGUGAUUUUAAAUAGAAAAUUAAGAAGACAAUUAAUGUCUUGAGAAAUAUUCAAGAUCAUCCAUUUUCUAAAAAUGAUUAUUCCACAGAAGGUUAUAAAAAGGAAAGAGAAGAGAUGAGGAUCAAAAUACUAGUUUAAUAGGUGCAAAUUUUGUCAAAUGUAAUUUUAGUGGAUCAAUAUUCAAAUAUAUAUACAUUAGUGUAAUAAAUCUUAAUGGAGCUCUACUAUUAAAUUGCAAGUGGAAGAACAUUAAAAUACAUGAGUUGA